AGCUGGAGACGGACCGGGGUAGGACGCAAUCCGCGUCCGGUUCUACGACCUCUACAACCGCAACAUCUCUCCCGCUUUUAAAUACGUAACCUGGCAUUGUGACCGUUAUUUCCCGCGCAAAUGCUAACACUCUCCUCCCUCUCAAAUCCUCCCAUCCAAUCACCCCUUCCAGACCAACAAUCUCUCCAUGUUUCUCUCCUCCAGUUCUGCAAAAAUGCCCGAGAUCUUCAACAAAUUCACGCUUCUACCCUCAAGACCGGCACUUUCCACCACCCUUGGAUCGCCUCCCGCCUCCUCUCGCUCUAUUCCGACCCCCGAAUUGGAAACCUUGAUUACGCGUUAUCCAUCUUCGAAAGAAUCCCCAAACCCAGUUCCCAUUCUUGGAACACUAUGAUCAAAUGCUUCGUCGAGAACCACCGGUCGAAUGACGCAAUUGCUCUUUUCUGUGAGUUGCUGUGCGAAUCCGCAAUCCCGCCUGAUAAUUUCAUGCUCCCCUGCGUUAUCAAGGGCUGUGGAAGGUUGCGUGCAGAUGAGGAAGGGGAACAGAUUCAUGGGUUGGUUUUGAAAAUUGGGUUUGGGUCGGAUGUCUAUGUGCAGAGUAGUUUGGUUAGUUUCUAUUCAAAAUGUGGCAAGAUCACGUCCGCAAGGAAGGUUUUCGAUGGGAUGGUUGAGAAGGAUCUUGUUUGUUGGAAUUCUUUGAUUGAUGGCUAUGUGAAAUGUGGGGAGGUUGACAUGGCACGGGAGGUGUUUGAUGGAAUGCCAGAGAGGGAUUCAUUCUCAUGGACUGUUUUGGUUGAUGGGUAUUCGAAGUGUGGGGAAAUUGAGGUUGCACGUGGGUUUUUUGAUCGGAUGCCAGUGCGGAAUGUGGUGUCUUGGAAUGCAAUGAUUGAUGGGUAUAUGAGAUAUGGGGAUUUUGUGUCUGCGCGCCGGUUGUUUGACAAAAUGAUGGAGAGGAAUGUUAUUACGUGGAAUUCAAUGAUUUCUGGGUAUGAAAGAAAUGGGCUAUAUGUGGAAGCUUUGGCAAUCUUUCAGGCAAUGCUGGAAGCAGGCAUGAUGCCAAAUAAUGCGACUUUGGUUGGGGCUCUUUCUGCAGUUUCAGGAUUAGGUCUUCUUGAUAAGGGGAGAUGGAUUCAUUUAUAUAUGGAUAGAUAUGGAUUUAAGUACGAUGGGGGUGUCCUUGGUACUUGCCUUAUAGACAUGUAUUCGAAAUGCGGGAGCAUCGAGGAUGCUUUGGAUAUUUUUCAAGCAAUACCCAAAAAGAGGUUGGGGCAUUGGACUGCGAUAAUCAAUGGUUUAGGAAUGCAUGGUAUGGCCAAUCAUGCCCUUGACUUUUUUGCUGAAAUGCAGAGAAUUGGAAUAAAGCCUCACCCUAUCACUUUCAUUGGCAUCUUGAAUGCUUGUAGUCAUGUGGGUUUGGUUGAUGUGGGCCGUCGUUAUUUUGAACGCAUGACUAAUGAAUAUGGAAUCACACCCACGGUGGAGCACUAUGGAUGUUUGGUGGACCUUCUCUGCCGAGCUGGGCACUUAGAAGAGGCAAAGGAUUUGAUAGAGAAGAUUCCUAUGAGAUCAAAUGAAGUAAUUUGGAUGAGCCUGCUUAGUGGAUGUAGGAACCAUGGAAAUGUCGAUAUUGGUGAAUAUGCAGCUAAGCGUGUGAUUGAGCUAGCCCCAGAUGCUACUGGAUGUUACGUUCUUCUCUCUAACAUAUAUGCGACUGCUUGCCGGUGGGCUGAUGUAUCAGCCUUGAGAGGAAUGAUGAAAGAAAAAGGAGUGAGAAAGGACCCGGGUUGCAGUUCGAUAGAGCAUGCCGGUUUUGUUCACAAAUUUGUUGUAGGGGAUAAGUCACACCCUCAAACAGAAUGUAUUUAUUCAAAGCUAAAUGAGAUGGGGGUGAGAUUGAGAUGCGCAGGGUACAUUCCUGACACGACGCAAGUUUUAUUGUGUGUAGAAGAGGAGGGGAAGGAAGUUGAACUGGCCCACCAUAGUGAGAGGUUGGCGAUUGCUUUUGGUCUCAUCAACAUUGAACACAGAAGUCCUAUCCGUGUGGUGAAAAACCUUCGUGUUUGUAAUGAUUGCCACUUAGUUACUAAGCUCCUCUCGGAUAUCUAUGAUCGAGAGAUUAUAGUGAGGGACAAUAGCCGCUUCCAUCAUUUCAAAAAUGGGUCAUGUUCAUGCAAGGAAUAUUGGUGAAUUCUUCUGCAGGCUUCACCUUCAAGGGUUCAGAUUCCAUGUAGCCAAUGAGCUGAGGCUACAUAUCAUAGUUCCCAUUUUGGAGUGAAUACAACAGGAAAACAGAAGCCCGCUUAAUGCGAUUACGAAUCCUGUGCCAUCCAAACACAGAGCCUACCUUGUUGGAUCUGAAGUUCCCCUAGCCACGAUCUACCAAUGCAUCAGAGGCACCCCAAUCCAUUCAAGUGGCAGUUGGAAAAAUAGCUUAUAUGGAGAGAAUAAGACCUUGGAUCCAUGUCUUCUUAAGGUCGUGGUUUCCGCCUUUAAAGAUUGUAUGCAAUAAGAUAGACUAUAUCAAGUUCCCUUCUCUCGGCUCAGAUGCAAUCAGCAGGAGAACAGUUUCUUACCUAAAGUUUUGCUUAGACCACAUGCACCUCUGCAUUCAGCCAUACACCUAGCAUGUGUGUGGGACAUCUGAGCUAUCAAGGGACAUGCCUACUCAGGGGAAUGACUUUAUGUGCAUGAGAUCCACCCCGGCCAUCAGGUGUGCCGCCCCACAUUUGGCCUUGACCUCAACAUCACAGCAAUCCAAAACUCAGGUGGGCCUCACCAUAGAAACAGUGUAAAUCAUGCCUGAAACCUCUAAAUUCAUGUGGUGUAGCCCACCUGAGUUUCAGAAUAGUGUGAUUUUGGGACUCUUCAUCCUGGUGAGAAUCGUCGUAGAUAUGGAUUGGAUGACAUAUACAAACCACACUGGGCUACACACACAACUUUGGACCGGCCUAAUUGUUAGUUUCCGUGGUAACCAUGAGGUAGCGCACCUGAUGGACAAUGUGGAUCUCAUGCAUGUUGUCUUGCAUGUGGUGCUCGGUUAGCUAUAGGCCCACGACCGCAUGCCUACACCAGUUAGGCUAGCGUGAUUCCGAGGUGAACUUCACCAUGCACGUGAAGAGACCUUCAGCGUAAUCUGUUAAAUAUCCAUUGCUUUUGUACAUGCAUGGCCUAACUCUGGAACCAACAGGCCUGAUCUUCUGCCCUGGUGGGGGCCACCUCAUGCAGGGGUUGGAUAUCCCACACAUGGCCAUAUGUGGAGGUGUGUGUGGGCUGUAUUAGUGUUGAAAGUGGGCUUUACAGUGCUCUCUCUCUCUCUCUCUCUCUCUCUCUCUCUCUACUUUUCUUUUAUUUCUGAUGUGGGUCUGUGGUGUUUGGGCAUGGAAAAUGGAGCUGAGUUUGCUGGUGUGGUGGAUUGUAAAGUUGCAUCUGUUUGGAUGGUGCAACUACAUUUUUAUUGAGCUACUGAACACAGCCAAAGAUCACAACCAACCAAAGUCUGCAUAAUAAUACAAGCCAGAAAGGGCAUGGAAGCCGUUCACUUCCCAGGCACAAAGUUGGUAGCGUAGGCCCAUGCGUUGUUGGCCACAGGAUCAGCAAUGUGGUCAAAGAGGUUCUCGAUCGGGCCUUUGCCGGUGACAAUAGCCUGGACGAAGAAUCCAAACAUGGAGAACAUCGCCAGGCGGCCGUUCUUGAUUUCCUUUACCUUCAGCUCUGCAAAGGCCUCUGGAUCAUCAGCUAGCCCCAAUGGGUCGAAGGCACCACCGGGGUAGAUGGCAUCCAGCCCUUCGCCAAGCGGACCGCCACCGACCCUGUAACCCUCAACAAAGCCCAUGAGGACAACCUGGCAAGCCCAGAUGGCAAGGAUGCUUUGGGCAUGGAUGAGGUUUGGGUUUCCAAGGUAAUCAAGCCCGCCUUCGGAGAAGAUUUGGGAGCCAGCUUUGAACCAAACAGCCUCGCCGAAUUUGACCCCGUUCUUCGAGAGGACUUCUGGGAAGACACAGCCCAAUGCUCCAAGCAUGGCCCACCGGCAAUGGAUCACCUCCAGCUCACGGUUCUUGGCGAACGUCUCCGGGUCUGCCGACAGUCCAGCAGUGUCCCAACCAUAGUCACCGGGGAAUUCACCUGUCAGGUACGAUGGAGUUUGCUCGGAAAAUGGGCCCAAGUAUUUUGGGCGAUCAGGGCCAUACC